CGUAGGUUAACGGUCAGCCAUUCGAAAGCGCCGGUUCGCGAGAUGUGUGACUUGGUGACCAUAGUGUCAACGGAUUCCGAAGAUGGAUCGUCAGGAAACUCGAACGUGUCUGAAGAACUUAACAUGAAAACGAUCAUUAAGAGGCCUGAGUUAAACGCGUAUAAUUCUAUACGAAUUAUACGGCAAAACAGCGAAGUGGACGGUUAUUCGUCAAUGGAGGAGGAAGAAGAAGAGGAGGAGGAUGAAUUUAGUUCCUCAUCCUCUCUAGAAAUCAACUUAACGGACAUAGAGAAUGACGCAUUGAGAACACAGAACGAUGAUCCGAUAAGUUUGAUCGAUCAGAAUUUGUUGAACAAGUUUUCGGCGGUGACCACCUCGGAUACGGUGUGUUCGGUCAAAAAGAAGAAGAAGCGUAAGAACAAGAGGGCGAGGGCGGCAGCCAGGGCGAAGACAUUCGACAUGCAGGUACAAGGAACUGGUCCAAGAUUUGUUGAUAACAAGCACGGAAAUUCUCCUAUGACAAAGGAUACAAACAAAGUUGAAGUAAUCUCUUCUAAUUUAGAAUGUCAGGAAGAAAACAAGGAACCAGUUAAAGAAAAGAAAAAGAAGACGCGUCGAGGCAAGAGAAAAACUAGGGCUCAAAAGAGGGUUGUGGUUGACAAAUAAUUAAAUAUAUCUAAAUAAAUACAAGUAAAUUUAAAUUGAAAUUCGUAAUGUUAUCUAUGGUCUAGUUUUUUUUUUAAUUUUGCACUUGGUUCUGAAAAAUUAAAUGUGCCUUAAAAUAAUUAAAAUUUGUGGAAGGGCGAAACAUGCCAAGAUUUAAAAAAUGGGACUUUUAUUAGUAAGUAAUUUAAUUAUGUUUUACUUUAGAAUUAUUAUUAUUUAUGGGGCUAAAUAACCCUCAAUAAAUUGUUAACUUUGGAUCCACUUUAAAAAAAUAAACAAUUUUUAUAAUG